AUGUUUAAUGUUGUUUUACAAGUUAUUAACUUGAAACGACAAGAAAAUAAAAUAAUUAAACUCACUGAAGUUUUAGAAACAGCACCAUAUUCACCAGAGAAUAUUGACGAACAAAAUAUUAUAUCUAAAUACGAGAGGCUCAACAGGAAACAAGUGCUUGCUUUUGUAAUUUUAGUAAUGAGUGGAUCACCUUGUUAUUUUAUUGGUAACAUAAUUAAAGCUGAUGUUCCUGUGUUUCCAUAUGACAUAUGGACACCAUAUGAUUUAUCAAAUCCAUAUUAUUACUGGACGACAUUAUUUUUUUAUACAAGUGCGGGUUUUCUUUGUGCUAUAAUUGGUGUGCAAUUCGUAGCAUUUUUUUCUUCAGCUGCAAUGGUUAUUCAAUCACAAGUUGGCUUACUUAUUAGCCGAUUUAAAAAGUCCAUGGAAAUUAUUAAACAAAAAUGCAAUAACACUAAUGAAAAUCAAGAUAUAAUUAAUGAUAUAUUUUCAAUUGAUAUUUUUAUGUUUUAUUCUACAUCUACAGUAAUGAUUUGUACAAAUGCAUAUGUUGCAUCAACUGUGCCAUUAUUGUCCCAUGAAUUUUUUUCAACUGUUUUUCUCUGUGUAGCAGUGACAUAUGCAAUUAUAACGAUAUGUAAUUCAUCAAAUGACAUGUCAACUGCAUUUGAAGAACUGCAUCAAAUUAUAACAUCAGCGAAUUGGAAAAUUUUAAGUGAAAAGACGAAAAAGAGUUUGAUGAUUGUGAUGACAAAAACACAAAAGCCAUUUGAUUUUACAACUGGAAAAAUUAUUAAACCAUCUCGCGAAUCGUUGAAAAAUAUUGCACAGGUUGUCUAUUCAUUAUACAAUUUAAUGAGAGAAAGCGCUAAAUCAAAACACAACUAA